AUGAAGCGGCCACUGAGCCCAUCCCCCUCAGGUGAGAAGGAGCCCCCCACAGCUGCAGCAUCUGAGUGCCCCCCUCACUCUCCAGAAUCAUCGAAGCCUAAGCGGGAAAGGAAACGACCUUCCUACACCCUCUGCGAUGUCUGCAACAUCCAGCUGAACUCUGCUGCCCAGGCCCAGGUGCAUUGUGGGGGACGCGCCCACCAGCGGAGGCUUCGGCAGCUCAGCCUGGGCAAGAGCUCUGCAGGGCCAGCAGGCCCAGCCUCCAGCACCCCCAGCCCCCUGCUGGCCUCCCUGACCCUGCCCACCAGGCCUCUGCAAACCCCAUUGGACUUCAAGCACUUGCUCGCCUUCCACAUCAAUGGCACCACCCCGCUCAGUCUCUUCCCCAACUUCAGCACGAUGGACCCAGUCCAGAAAGCUGUCAUCAGUCACACAUUUGGGGUCCCCUCCCCUCUGAAGAAGAAGCUGUUCAUUUCCUGUAACAUCUGUCACCUGAGGUUUAACUCAGCGAACCAGGCUGAAGCUCAUUACAAGGGCCACAGACAUGCCAGAAAACUCAAGGCUGUCGAAGCUGCCAAGAGCAAGCAGAGACCUCGAAACCUGACUCCAAAUGGGACAGUGGCAUCUUCAGCCUCACCUCCAGCCAGUGGAGGCCCCGGAAGCCCGCAGAGCAAAGAUUCUGCAUCUCCUCCUCAUGGCCCUUCACUUCAGCUACCAUCAACCUCAGACACAUCAGUUACAGAGCCGGCCCACUCAGACCUCUUGGAUGCCGCUGCUUCCUCUUCCUCUUCUUCCUCUUCCUGCCCACCCUGCUCCCCGGAUCCUGGCACAGAAGCACCAGGGCCUGAGCCAGCAGAAGUGGCUGUGGGGAGUGGGAUGAAUGGGGAAGGCAGGGAAGGCAGGAGUGAAAAGGGGUGCCUCUACUGCCCUACAUGUAAAGUGACAGUAAACUCGGCCUCACAGCUUCAGGCUCACAACACAGGAGCCAAGCACCGAUGGAUGGUGGAAGGCCACCAAGGGGCUCCCCGAAGGGGCCGGGGCCGUCCUGUGUUCCAGGGAGGGGCUGGACACAAGACAAAGAGAGUGCUAGGAAAUCGUGGGGGCCGGCAGGGACCUAGCCCUCCCUUCCAGUGUGCCCUCUGUCAGCUCCAGGUCAAUUCAGAGACCCAACUCAAGCAGCACAUGAACAGCCGGAGGCACAAAGACCGCCUGGCUGGGAAGUCCCCCAAGUCCUCCAGCCAGCACAGCAAACUGCAGAAACAGGCGGCAUUGGCUGUGAGUGCCCUCAAGUCUAAAUUGGCCUUGCAGAAGCAACUCACCAAGACACUGGCAGCCCGCUUCCUGCCCAGUCCGCUGCCUACCACAGCUGCUGCCAUCUGUGCCCUGCCGGGGCCCCUAGCCCUCCGGCCUGCUGCAACAGCAGCGGCUACCCUCUUCCCAGCUCCUGUCCUGGGCCCAGCUCUGUUCCGUACUCCAGCGGGAGCUGUCCGCACUGCUGCAGGGCCCAUCCUUUUCACUCCCUAUUAGUGGUCCCAGGAUGGCCACAUCCUAUCUCUUCUUGGCAGGCACUUGUCUCCACAUCCCAGAGACUGCCUUUUGCAGUUUCUGGGUUUCCACCCAAGCGGGGGUACCUGCUUCUUACUCAGACUGGGGUUUUUCCAGUCCCCUGGGCCUGAGGACCGUCACUAUCCUCCUUUCCUGGACUAGUCCUGGGCUUCCUGCAUCUAUGGCUCCAUGAAUCCCAAAGAUCUAUGCAAAACCACAGCCCCAGCCACAUGGUGCUCUCGUACCCCAACCCCAACCAGACUUACACAGUGCAGAGUCACAUCUCAGCUCCCACAAGCCAGCCUCUCCUGCCAUGUUCUAGGGCCUUCUGAACAGCCACUGGAGCUAGGGUGUCACACAGGUGUGGGUGGGAACCUAACAGCUGUGUUUACCAUGGGGUAGUCAGGUGUGGUGGUGCAUGCCUAUAAUCCUGGCAUCUGGAUCAUGAGUUCAGUCAGUUUGGGCCAUAUAGCUAGAUACUGUCUCAAAACAAAAACAAAAACAGAAAUUGACCAUGGGAAAGGACCAUGGAGAAAAGGGGCCCCCAAAGUUCUUCAAAGGAAGGUACUGUGAAACUGGGGCAGAGUUGAGGGGAAGCUCCAGCUCUUCUGUAGGGGUGAGGCUCAGUAAAAGAGGUGUCAGGCUGGACCUGACUGUGUAGCCCUGGCUGGUCUGGAACUCUGUAGACCAGGCUGGCAAACUCGUGGCCCUGGCUUUAGCAGAAGUGGCCUGUCUUACCACACUUGUCCUUCUUAACCUUUUGGUGGUCCUGCUGGAGCCCCCCUCUAAGGAGGGCUCUGGGUCUCCCUGAGCCUACGGAUUUUCCACUCCGGACUAUGGGGUCCAGUCUCUCCAACUGUGGAGCUCAGGGCUGGUACACAGUCCUUUAUGCCCUCAAGAUCCACCGUCAUGUUGCCAAAGCCAGUGCCACUACCCACUCACUAUGGGACUUCGCCAGUGUCUACCUGUAUCUUUUUUUUUUUUUUUUUUUUGGAAAGCUAUUUCCAAUGGGACAAGAAAAGGGUUCGGGGGAGGGA